AGAGGAGUCAUUGGCAGCAGUGAUAGGGGAACUGGUCUGGCAACUACGGCCGACCAAUCAGAAUAAUUCUUUACCAUAGUCCCGCCCUCUGACUGACUGACACCAGAGGAGGAAAUGAAGUUGCAGGUUGAUUCUCCGUCCUCCACUAGACGCUGUCAUGUUCAUGUGGGAAACGUUUAUUAGAACCUUUUUUAAAAACUGUGUUUAGACUAAAGAGGAAAACAGUUUGGGCUUAAAGUGAAGCUGGUGAGGCUGAAGUUCUUGUGGAUUCAAGUUUGAAACAGGGAAGACUCAGAGUUAGGGACUGACUCGACUCAGACUGUUGAAAGUGAAAGCAAAUCUGCUCAAACAGCCUUCAGACAGGACAGUGUAGUGUAAAGACAAAAUGGCGUCUAAACUUGAAGAGGAUCUCUGCUGUCCUUUGUGCUGUGACUUCUUCAAGGAUCCUGUCCUUUUGACCUGUGCUCACAGUGUGUGUAAAGCCUGUCUGCAGCAGUUCUGGGACACCAAAGGAUCUAGAGAAUGUCCCUACUGCAGGAGAAAGUGCUCAAAGGACUUCUACCCUCCUAACAUGGCGUUAAGGAACCUGUGUGAGACCUUCUUACAGGAGAGGAGUCAGAGAGCUUCAGCAGGGUCUGAGGUGCUCUGCAGUCUGCACAGUGAGAAACUCAAGCUCUUCUGUCUGGAGGAUAAACAGCCUAUGUGUCUGGUGUGUCGAGACUCAAAAACACACAAAACCCACAACUUCAGUCCCAUAGAUGAAGCAGCACUGGACUGUAAGGAGGAACUCAAGAUCAAACUGGAGCCCCUAAGAAAUAAAUUCAAGACCUUUGAAGAAGUUAAACUCAUCUGUGACCAAACAGCAGCGCACAUUAAGACUCAGACCCAGCACACAGAGAAACAGAUCAAGGAGGAGUUUAAGAAGCUGCACCAGUUUCUACAAGAUGAAGAGGCAGCCAGGUUAGUUGCACUGAGGGAUGAAGAGGAGCAGAAUAGUCAGAUGAUGAAGGAGAAGAUUGAGAAGAUGAGCAGAGAGAUCUCAUCUCUUUCAGACACAAUCAGAGCCAUAGAAGAGGAGUUGAUAAAUGAGGACAACACAUUCCUGCAGAACUACAAGAGCACAGUGGAAAGAGCCCAGUGCACACUGCAGGAUCCAGAGAGGGUUUCAGGAGCUCUGAUCAAUGUGGCAAAACACCUGGGCAACCUGAAGUUCAGAGUCUGGGAGAAGAUGCAGGAGAUUGUUCAAUACACUCCUGUGACUCUGGAUCCCAACACUGCAAACCCAUGUCUCAUCCUGUCUGAGGAUCUGACCAGUGUGAGAGACAGUGAUGAUGAGUGGCAGCAGCUUCCUGAUAACCCAGAGAGGUUUGAUAAGUAUGCCGACAUCCUGGGCUCUGAGGGCUUUAACUCAGGGACCUACUGCUGGGAUGUGGAGGUUGGAGAGAACACAAGGUGGGAGGUGGGUGUGAUGACAGAGUCUCUCCAGAGGAAGGGAGACUAUACCUCCAUGACUGGACAGUGGUAUGUGUAUCAUCAAGAUGGUAAAUAUGGAGCACACUCUACACCACAGCCCCCCACUCUCCUCACAGUGAAGCAGAAACUCCAGAGGAUCGGAGUGCAGCUGGACUGGGACAGAGGAGAGUUGUCAUUCUCUGACCCUGAUAAUAACACACAUAUACACACUCUCACACACACUUUCACUGAGAGAGUGUUUCCAUACUUUAAUGUUGGCUGUAAACUCUCUCCUCUGAGGAUGCUACCAGUGAGAGCUUCAGUGAAAGUAGAGCAGCACAGCAAGAGAUGAUGUCACUUCCUUUUGCCAGGUUAAUAAUGACUUGUUCAUGGUGUUAAAAUGUCUUCAUGCAUUAACCAUUCUGACUAAUUGGUUGUAUUGUUAGUUGCCUUAAGAAAAUCCCA